UUUCGUAACAGCACUCUGGGCCGGCCGAGAGACGACUCCAGCGCGAGUUCCUCAAAUGUUUUCCUGCGUUGCCAGGACCGUCCGCUGCUCUGAGUCAUGAGCAAGUGGGAAGUCGCACUGACAAGGAGCCCAGCCAGAGGGAGCCGAGUCGAGUGCGGCGCGGGGCUCGGGGACUAGCCUUGCGUGCUGAGCGCGGGCCCCCCGGGGAUGGGGGCUGCCCUCGGGGCUUGAGCCCGCCCGCCGCCCCGCCCCGGCCGCCCGGCCGCCCGGCCGCCCGCCUGCCUGCCUGGCUGCCUCUCUGGGAUCAUGGGGCAUUAGCUGAGGAGGAAGCAUGCUGGCCGUCCGCUGCGCGCUUCUGACCGCUCUGCUUGCCGCGCCCGGGAUGGCGCUGGCCCCGAGGGGCUGCUCCAGACUGGCAGAGGUGGCGCAAGACGUGCUAACCAGCCUGCCGGGGGCCAGCGUUACCCUGACCUGCCCUGGCGGGGAGCCGGGGGACAACGCCACCAUUCACUGGGUGCUCAGGAAUCAGGUCACAGGCUCCCCCGACGGCCGACUGGCUGGCGUGGGAAGGAGGCUGCUUCUGAAGUCCGUGCAGCUCAGUGACUCUGGAAACUAUUCAUGCUACCAGGACGGGGUCCCAGCUGGAAGUGUGCGCUUGCUGGUGGAUGCUCCCCCUGAGGAGCCACAGCUCUCCUGCUUCCGGAAGAGCCCCCUCAGCAAUGUGGGCUGUGAGUGGAGACCUCGGAGCCCCCCGUCCCCCACCACCAAGGCCGUGUUACUGGUGAGGAAGUUUCAGAACAGUCCCGUGGAAGACUUCCAGGAGCCGUGCCAGUACUCCCUGGAGGCCCAGCGGUUUUUCUGCCAGUUGGCAGUCCCGGAGGGAGACAACUCUUUCCACAUAGUGACCCUAUGCGUCGCCAACAGUGCCGGGAGCCAGUCCAGCACACCCCAAACAUUUGAGGGUUAUGGAAUCUUGCAGCCCGAUCCACCUGUCAACAUCACGGUCUCGGCCGUGGACAGAAACCCCCGCUGGCUCAGUGUCACCUGGCAAGACCCUCCCUCCUGGAACUCCUAUUUCUACAGGCUGCAGUUUGAGCUCCGAUACCGAGCUGAACGGUCAAAGACCUUCACAACAUGGAUGGUCAAGGAGCUCCAGCAUCAUUGCAUCAUCCACGACGCCUGGAGCGGCAUGCGGCAUGUGGUGCAGCUUCGGGCCCAGGAGGAGUUUGGACAUGGCUUGUGGAGUGAGUGGAGCCAGGAGGUCACAGGCAUCCCUUGGACAGAAUCCAGGAGUUCUCCAGCUGAGACCGAGCUGCCCCUCUCCACGCAGGCACCUACCACUAAUGAAGAUGAUGAAGAUAUUUCCUCCAAAGAGUCUGCAAAUGCAACAAGCCUCCCAGUGCAAGAUUCUGCGUCGGUACCAUUGCCCACAUUCUUGGUGGCUGGAGGUAGCCUGGCCUUCGGGACGCUCCUGUGCAUUGGCAUCAUCUUAAGGUUCAAGAAGACGGGGAAGCUGCAGGCUCUGAAAGAAGGCAAGACGAACAUGCAUCCGCCGUAUUCCUUGGGACAGCUGGUCCCUGAGAGGCCCAAGUCCACCCCAGUGCUCGUCCCCCUCAUCUCCCCGCCUGUGUCCCCCAACAGCCUGGGGGACAACACCUCGAGGAACAGCCGACCAGAGGCCAGGGGCCCUCAGAGCCCUUAUGAUGUCAGCAACAGAGACUACUUUUUUCCCAGAUAGCCAGCUGGGGGAUGCCUGGCAGCCUGGGGCAUCGGGCCCCCUGGGCUGCGUGGAUGACACGUGGAUGACAAAGCACAAACUGACUCUGCAAAAGACGCUUCUCACUGCCAUUCCAGCUCAUCUCAGGUGCGUGGGGCCUCUGGCUUCACCUUGACAGAAGGGCCCCAUGGAAGAUUCUGCGCUGGGUGGGAAAAGCUUGGCUGCAUCUCUUCAGAAGGAGGAGGUGGUGGAGGUUUGGGACCAUGCUUCCCCAGCUGCCCUGUUUACAGGGCUUAGAGUGAGCUCAGGCCCCCGUGAAGAGCGCGGUGUCAAGCCUCUACUGGACACUCAUGCGGGCAGAGCCGGGGGGCUGUGGAGGCCUUGGGCCCCCCGGCUUGGUGGGGACAAGUUGCUGGCCACCCACACACCCUGAUGUUUCUCCAGGAGCUGCACCCGGAGGCAAGUGGGGUGGAUUUCCAGCCAAAGACCACCCCCCCGCACCCCCAGCUGCUUAUCUCCUGGCCCACCACAGAGUUUCAUCUUCUAGCUCAAACUCUUGAAACCCAAGUGCCUUCGCAACUCAGUUUUUUGAGGCCUGAGGCCGGCUCUCCUUAAACUGCCACCACUGGGGGAAGGUCUCCCCUGCUUUUCUUGCCCACACCUGAACAACAGCUGAGAGGGGGCCGAAUAGUAUCUCAGGGCCUGAGGGUUUGCAAUGGAAUUAUGAUUAGUUCCUUAGCACCAUUUUUCUUUCUUUCCUUUUUUUUUUUUAUUAACUAUUUUUCUAAAUGUGAAUCAUAAUCCGACACACUUGCUGAAUCCAGAAGCAACUGCACUAGCCGGAUUGCCCUUUUUGGAUCCCAGGACUUCAGCAGAGAAGCUAAGAGGAAGGAGGGGGUGAGGACAGGGUCUCCACUUUAUCUAUAAUAGCAUUGCUGAGGGGAUUGCCUCUGCAAAGCAGCAUCCUCCCAACCACCCCCACCACACACACACCCGCCCACCCUUCCCCCAUCCCCCUGCCCUUUCCCCAUUCCCGCCCCCAUCUCCCCCCCCCAAAAAAAGGAGAACAGGAGUUAGGGAGGUUUCUGCCCCUGGCAAAUCCACACUGCCUUACUCCAGCUUUGUUUAUUUCGUUUUCAGCUGAGCCUAAGUAACCAGGGAAGAAAGUAUUUAUGCGAAAAGACCAAAGAACCUGGCAAGAGUGUAUUUUAAUUUGGUUUUUUAAAAACUGCUGACUGGUGGAUCUUCAGAGGGUGGAAGAGGCCGCAUUAGCAGACUGUCAGGGUGCAAAUAACCUGUUGGGGGGUGGGGUGGGGGAAAUGCACGAUAAUGUUGCUUAGCGCAAAACUGAGUCAAGUAAACAGGAGGAGAAAAAAAGAUUUUCCCCUAUUGGAGAAGAGACUCUGCUUUCCUUCUAAAUUUUGGGUUUGCCUUUAAAAGCAAAAAAAAAAAAGCCUGCCUCUUCUUGAAUUUAGCGGAAAAGCAGCUUGUUAUUACUCCUGCAGGCGGUGGAGAAGGAAGGGGUGUCCAGCUCCCUGUCAGGGUUCUGGGAAGCUCGACUCCCACGGAUUACCCAGCAGGUCAGCUGAAAAUCCCCAGCUGUAAAAGCCACGAGCUUAUCAGAGGAGGUUCAUUAAAAAAAAAAAAAAAAAAAAA